GCCCAUGAACCCCGGCCGAAUACCUACUCUAGUUUACUCGAGCGAGUAGAGUCAUGUGGCAGUGUGGAAUCACUCCAGUCGUGGGUGAUCAGUUUAGCGUUUAAUAUGAAUAAUUGAGAGAUGUUCCUGAUGAUAUCAGGUUGGAAAUCCAUUUCUUAUUUACUUUCAAUUAGUAUUAUUAUUUUUACUGUACCAGUGUUUAUGGCUCUAUGGCAAUGAGGAUUUAUGUCAAGUCAAGACCAAGUCACAAACAAGGAGGCUGUUGGCGUCGCCACCCAAGACGAACCACUCCCCGCCCGCCGCAUCGGAGGCACUCUCUGACUUCGGUUUGCGGUGUUAUUCUGGUCAAUCACGAUGAUGGGCAAGGCAAUUUCACCGAUGCAAACUGCAGUGUUACUGAUUUUGUGCUUCUGCAUAGAAGCAGAGAACUUGAAGUACAAAGACCCAAAACAGCCGUUGAAUGUGAGGAUCAGAGAUUUGAUAACUAGAAUGACUGUUGAAGAAAAGGUCGGCCAGUUGGCAAUGAUGGACAGAGAAGUUGCAUCUGCAGAUAAUAUCAAGAAAUACUUCAUCGGGAACCUUCUGAGUGGUGGAGGGAGUGUGCCAGCUCCGAAGGCUUCUGCCAGGACUUGGAUAAAUAUGAUUAAUGAGUUCCAAAGGGCUGCUAUCUCAACCCGUCUUGGAAUUCCUUUAUUAUAUGGAAUUGAUGCCGUUCAUGGCCAUAAUACUGUCUACAAUGCUACAGUCUUUCCUCACAAUGUUGGGCUUGGAGUCACAAGGGAUCCUGAACUUGUUAAGAAGAUAGGAGCUGCAACUGCUCUCGAAGUUAGAGCUACCGGAAUCCCCUAUACUUUUGCUCCAUGUGUUGCGGUUUGUAGGGACCCAAGAUGGGGUCGCUGUUAUGAAAGCUAUAGUGAAGAUCAUAAAAUUGUUGAAGCAAUGACCGAGAUAAUCCCAGGUUUACAAGGAGAUAUUCCAGAGGACUAUCCAAGAAGAUUCCCAUUUGUCGAGGGGAGGACAAAAGUUGCAGCAUGUGCUAAGCACUUCAUUGGAGAUGGAGCUACGGUGCAGGGCAUCAAUGAAAACGACACCAUUAUAGAGUGGAAUGAAUUGCUCUCUGACUAUAUGCCUGCAUAUAUUGAUUCCAUUAGAAAGGGCGUUUCUACAAUUAUGUUAUCCUUCUCAAGCUUGAAUGGUGUAAAGAUGCAUACCAAUCACAGACUUGUCACCGACUACCUCAAGACAAAGCUCAAGUUCAAGGGAAUUGUCGUAUCAGACUCUGAAGGUCUUGACAAGAUAACCACUCCACCAGGGGCAAAUUACACUUAUUCUGUUGAAGCUGGUAUAAAUGCAGGAAUUGACAUGGUUAUCAUCCCAAAGAAAUUCAUGGACUUCAUUGGUAACUUAACAUUUCUAGUGAAAAACAAAUUUAUCUCCAUCGACAGAAUCAAUGAUGCUGUUGAGAGGGUGCUAAGGAUUAAAUUCAUCUUGGGUCUAUUCGAGAAUCCAAUGGCUGAUUUGUCUUUGGUAAACCAACUCGGAAGCCAGGAGCACAGGGAGCUGGCUAGAGAAGCUGUAAGGCGAUCACUUGUCCUUCUAAAGAAUGGAAAAAAUGGCGAUGCACCUUUUCUUCCUCUCCCCAAGAAAGCCGCGAAAAUCCUUGUGGCUGGAAGCCAUUCCGAUGACAUUGGCAAUCAAUGUGGAGGAUGGACAAUCGAGUGGCAAGGCCUUUCUGGCAACAUUACAGUAGGCACAACGGUCUUAUCUGCAGUGAAGAACACAGUCCAUCCCGAUACCGAAGUCACACACCACCAAAACCCCGACCCAAAAUUCCUCAGCUCCAACACCUUCUCUUACGCCAUCGUAGUCGUUGGUGAGGUUCCCUACGCAGAAACCAACGGUGACAGCAAGAACCUAACGAUAGCUGAGCCGGGGUACGAGACGAUCGUGAAUGUAUGCAGGGCUGUGAAAUGCGUGGUGAUACUGAUGACGGGGCGACCGGUGGUGGUCGAACCGUAUCUCGACGUCAUGGACGCCCUGGUGGCUGCAUGGCUGCCGGGGACGGAAGGGCAGGGCGUCGCCGAUGUACUGUUCGGCGACUACGGGUUCACGGGGAAGCUGGCGCGCACAUGGUUCCGAUCGGUGGAUCAGCUGCCGAUGAAUGCGGGCGACCCGCAUUAUGACCCGCUGUUCCCUUUCGGGUUCGGACUCUCCACGGCCGGUCGGGAAAUGAGAGCCAGCCAGUGAUUGAUUGAAUGAAAGAACCAAAAUUUGAAUAUUAAUGAUUAUAAUUGAUAUCCCAUCUAAAUAAUUUGAUCUUAAAAGAAUAAAAAAUGGACUCUCAUUUUAUUUCUUCAUAUAAAAUUACUAUUUUUAAAUUGUUUAUUUUAUUAUUUAAUAUAUUUUUUUGGUUUGUUUAA